AUGGGACCAACACCAAAGGCACCACCCUUAGUGAGGUUGCCCUCGAAGUCCGAUUUCUAUGAUAAAUUCGAUAGGGCCCAUGUGGACGGAUGUAGUUGUAAUUACGUUGGGCGGAACGAUUGGAAAAAUAAUUUAGGAAUUCUGUUAGGAAAGGACCCUGGGCUCACUGCUAUAAAGGACACCAUUGCGAAUGCUUAUUGUUGCGCAAAUAAAAAGGGGAAGGAAAAUGAAUCCAAUGAUCACUGGUGUUACUUUUUUUAUUAUUACGCGGGAAAUUUAUUCUUCAGGAAUGAGAACAAUAGGGACUUGGCAAACUUCCUGGACAAAGUUUACGAAGCGUUCAAGGGCACUGACUAUAGACCUAAAUGUGAAGUUAAGUACGAAGAUGCUGACAAAAUCAAUUUCGGGCUAAGGAAGAGGAUACAUGAUUUUACCUAUAACUAUAAUACCGUGCAAAGCCUCAUAGAAGGCUGCACAUCAGAAAAUUAUUUGAAAUUUCUGCGGUACCUGCAGGGAAUUAGUGGAGCAUGCAAAAUUGUGGAGGCAGAUUGUCCAGAGGAGGAGGAACGUGGAAGUGGUACAUACUGUAAGGAUUAUAGGGAGAAAUAUAAGGUGUAUUGUGAAACAAAAGUGAAGGAACUGCAAAAAAAAUUGACCACAUCAUCACCAUGUAAACCAAAUCCAAAUCCAAACCAAGCAGGAAGUAGUGGAUCUUUUAGUGAUGCUCCACAGGGGGUGGUCGAUUUAGCAGAUGUGGAAGAUGAUUUAAACAAGUGGUUACCUUCAAAAAUUGCGUACAAUGGAAUUGUCAAUAAUGAAGUCACCUGUGGGGACUAUGGUAACCUCAUUUCUGGAGUGGUAGAGGCAGUAAAGAGACAUUCUAAAGUGGAUGAUGAAGCUAAUAGUAUUGCAAAAUAUUUCUGUUACGCAUAUAAAAAUAAAGGCAGUGGACCGUGGGAUGGUUCACCUUGCUCCUAUGUAUAUUAUCACGUGGGUAAUACGUACUCCACCGCAUUUGAUGAUCAUGAAUCAUUCUGGAAGUUCAUGGGUACAGUCAGUGAACAGUUAGGGAAAUUGCCCGUUGAUGGAGGGAAUAAGUGUCAAAUUGACCUUAGCUACACUGACAGGAAGGAUUUCAUAUGGGAGAAAAGAGUGUAUGAUUAUUACAGAGACCAUGAAGCUGUACAGAAAAAAUUACAGGACGGUGAUUCACCCUGUAGUACAGAAUUAGACCAAUACCUGACAGAGGCGGCCAUAGGAUGUAAGCUUAUACAUAGAUACUGCAAUGGCAAAACUGAAGGUGAGGGGAAGGCAUUUUGUGACAAAUUUAAAACAAAAUAUGAUGAACACAAACCUGAGGAACUCCUAGGGGAAAAGUGUAUAUCAAAUCUGGAGGAUGAAAUUUCAGCAUAUGCCGAAACUUCAGAUAUAAUUUCCAACGGAGAAUCAGGGGAAGACACAGUAUCUGCAGAAAUCGCUCCCAUUUUCUCUUUUGCAAGAGACGGCCCCAUUGCCUCCUCCGGAUUGGCUGCAGUUGGAUUACCUGCCAUUGCAUAUUUUUUAUAUAAAUACACUUCUUUACCUUUCUGGUUACGUGAACAAUUUGGUGGAAGGAGCAACCACAUCAGCAGGAGUCGAAGAAGGGCGAGAAGAUCCACUGGUCCUAAUUUUAGUAAUUUUACAGAAGACAUUUCUACCGAAGUUCCAACGGAAUAUUCAUCAUACCUGUCGACACUAUACCCACUGGAAGAAUCCAUAGAAAAUAAUUCUACCACAUAUUAUGAAGAACCGCUGCAAUCACAACCCAGACAGCGUGGACAACAACAAGGACAUGGAAGAAGACGAGGACCACCCAGAAGAAGGGAAAGAGCAAACAACGAAUAUAGAUAUGGAAGCGGCCAAAAUAUUAGUUAUUUUCGCAUGUAA